AUGCCUGUUCGCCCACCAGCAAAGCCACCUGCUGGUCUUCCAAACCAAACGUUGUAUUGUACCAAUCUUCCAGACAAGCUUCGAAAACAUGAUCUCCGACUAUCGCUUUACACUCUCUUUUCCACGUACGGCACUGUUCUCGACAUUGUGGCCAUGAAGACCGAGAAGAUGCGGGGCCAAGCGCAUAUUGUCUUCAAGGAUAUUCAAGCAAGUACGCAAGCGAUGCGUGCACUCCAGGGGUUCCAAUUCUUUGGCAAGCCAAUGAAAAUUGUUUACGCCAGUAGCACCUCAGAUGUUAUCGCUAGACUUCGCGGAACCUAUAUUGCCCCGGUAGCAGCCCCCGGUCAAAAUACGACUGUCUCAACGGAUCUUCAAAAGUCGAUUUUCAGUGGACCUCCUGGGGCAGCCGCUUUGCCUUCAAAGCCUUCGGGUGAGCCCAAUGGAACGGCCCAAGGAGUCAAGCGGCCUCGCGAGGAAGAAAGCGAUGAAGGCGAAGCGCCCAUGGAUGAGGAUAGUGAUGUGCCAAUGGAGGCCUCUUCAGAUGAGGAUUAA